GCUAGUCUAAGUACUUACAUAGUAUUUCACGAGCACGUGCCGUGUUAACUUUCGAUUUUGAACUUCAACCGCCAUCGAUGCCCUAGUCCACAUCGCAGUCAGCAAUGCAGAUGAGCGCACGAGACAAGUCGAAUCUACUGAACUCUGCUCUUAGACCACAGCGUAAACCGAAAGUUCCCAAAGAUGCACUUGGGGCGAGAGCCAAAGCUUCCCUGAAACAGCAGUCUUCGCGAAAAUCUUCCCCUCUUCCUCCAUCAUCUCCUUUUGCUACUUCAUCACAGAUCCCGGACUUUCUGCCAAUAGCAACCUCGGAGGCCUCUGAGCAUCUCGAAACACCGUUUUACGAGGAAGUCAGUGUUGAGGAAGAACAUGACUUCGAGUCUGAUGUCUAUGGAAUGCUGGAAGAACCAGCUGAUGUACAGUACUCCACCUACUCUGCUCGAAAUUCGGAUCCCUUCGGCUUCUUCGCGCUUGAAGCUAAGCUAAAGGCCCAGCGUAAAGAACAGUCCAUCACUACGACCUCUAAUGCACCUUACCCACAGUCGUGGGAACCACCUCACUCCCCACAUAAACCACGCAUUCGCAAAAGGGCGUCCGGCAAAAAUGCUGAUAGUCCUUCCUUACCGAGCUCUCCUUCUCCCGCGAAGCCUCGCCGGGUGACGAAACAAGGCUUGGCGAAGGCGACGAACACUGAUGAAACUAAGAUUCAGAAGGCACUUUCCGAUGAUGAAAAAGACUGCCUUGACGUUGCUUCUCAGGACUACCAGCCUCGAAAACGCAUGAAAACAAAAGCCGUAAGAAGGCAAGGACAGCGAAAUGGUGAUAAGUCCGUUGAUCCUGAGAGGUUAGCCAGAGAUUUGAAGGUGCUCUUGCCUAAACGAUCCAGUCGCAGGAAUGGCAAACGUCGAUCUGACUCGAACAGCCACGAAGCCGACGCCAAACGUUUGCGGGGCACGACGCGUGACAAACAGAAUAAGAGUGAUACUGGGGAUCAGGAGAGGGAUUCUGAGCGACAGAAACGGCUUGAAUAUUUCAAGAAAUUAGAAGAUUACAAGGUGGCUAAAGAGAAUGUAUAUGUUAUAUAACUCGUAUAUCUAGAAAUGUUACAAAGUACGAUAACCUCUUCUAUUGUGGAAGCUUCUAUGUAUAUGCUAUCCAUCGGUAUCGAUUCCCCUUCUUUCAUGUCUCCAUAGUCCUUGUUGAAAUCAAGUUUUGACGUCGCCAUACUUAUUUGAGCUUAGCUCUCCGUCUCUCCUCUUGGAAGAAUUCGGCAGUUGUUUUACUGUCAACGAACUCU